AUGUUGUCCGGCAACAAACAUCCCUUCCUGCUGCCGCUCUCCGCGCUCCUGUUGUGCUGGACGAACCGGAAUGCAGCGCAAGAGGCUCGUACCAACUACGUCACGGUAAAGACGGUCAACGGCCACGUGCGCGGCAGACUCCUGGACGUGGAUGGGGCGUCCGUCGCGCAGUUCCUCGGGAUACGGUACGCGGAGCCUCCCGUCGGGGUACUUCGCUUCCGGAAGCCCCUGCCUGCUCGUUCGUGGCAGCCGGAGACUCUGGACGCCCUCGAAUUCGGAAGCCCCUGCGCGCAGGCUAACGGCUCGUUGCCUCCAGUGUCGUGGCUCGUUCCGCGAGACAAAGUUAGUGAGGACUGCCUCUUCCUCAACGUGUGGCACCCAUUGGGCGACAGCCAGGACAACCUCGGAGUACUCGCGUGGAUUCACGGCGGCGGAUACCGCGCCGGCACGGCCUCCGAUCCCGACUUCGACGGAAGAAAGCUGGCGGCCACGGGAAACGUCGUUGUGGUCACCAUCAACUACAGGCUCGGCUCGUUCGGCUAUCUCUACACCGGGCCCGGAACUUCGACAGGCAACUACGCCCUCUGGGACCACAACUUGGCCCUCCGCUGGAUAAGGGACAACAUCGCAAGAUUCCGCGGCGACCCCGGACGAGUGACGGUGUGGGGUGAGAGUGCCGGCAGUAUAGCCGUCGGCUCCCUGCUCCUGUCGCGACAGAACGCAGGUCUCAUUCACAGGGCCAUACUCUCCAGCGGAAGCAACUUUUGGCUCUUACCGCCAAUGAAUCGAGUCGGUCAUGAGUUCGCCGACCGUAUUGCUGGGCACGUGGGUUGCCUGGACUCCGAGAAGCCUUCUUCCAAGACGCACCCUGCCCAAGUGCUCCGGUGCCUACGGUCGGUGCCGGCCGACGCCAUUAUCGACGCUGAACAAACGCAGUUUCCCGACGACCUUGUCACCUUCCGGCCCGCCUUCGGCGACGAGUACCUCCCGCUACCGGACCUGACGACUCUGUCUAAGAGCAUGUUCAUUCCUCUGGACAGCCUGCUCGCGGGUGGAGUCUCCGAAGAAGGCAGCCUUUUUCUCUACUUUAAGGACCACGUCCUGUUUGGCCCCUCGGUGCCCAAGCUUACCAGGAAGCAGGCGUUCGACUUCGCCCUCAAGCACUACUUGGGCGUCCUGCCCGAAGACGUCCAGGCGAUGAUCAAGGAGUUCUACCAGAAGAACGUCGCCAGCGACGAAGAUUCGCGAGGCGUGUUUCGGUCGUUGAUAGACAUGGUAGGCGACUACCUCAUCAUGUGUCCAACCAAGUUCCACGCGGAGCUGUUUGCAAAAACCAAUCGGCCUGCCUACUUCUACAUGCUGGACCACAGGUCCAAGAAAGGUCGCUUCCCGCCUUACAUGGGCUCGAUGCACUUCGAGGACGUGCAGUACUUCUUUGGCCUGCCUUUCGUAUUCCCCGGCCGACACACGGACGAGGACCGGGCUUUCAGCCUACUCUGCAUGCGAGUCAUCGGCUCGUACGUCAGCACCGGGAAACCGCAGUUGCCCGAGGAAGACAUCGACUGGCCCGUGUUCACCAAAGAACAGCCUACGCAUGUCAUGCUGCGUGCGGGUAACAGCAGCGUCGAAUGGGGGUUUCACGAUGACGGCUGCAACCUGUACAGAAAAAUCUACGAGAUUUUCAACAUCGUGACACCCUGA